CUCCUCUCCCCCACAGACAGUCCCGCUCCUUCCUCCCUGUGCUCCGCCCUUUCCAGAGAAAACAUCCUCCUCUUCACUUCCAGGCGUCGACGAAACUUCAAAGCGAGCGUCGCAGUUUACAAUUUUUAUUGGAGUAACGUUAUAAAACCGUUGGAUGCUGCGGGGUAUAAGAGCAUGUAAAGCUGAAACGUCAACCAGCGUCGGGAAGAUGAGCUGGAGUUCGUAACUAACGAUACACCAGCAGGACGUCUGUUUAUCUGCAUGUUGUAGUGAUAUUCUCUCCAAUCAUGGCUCGUGGCUGCAUCUGCUGUGUGAAAUACAUGCUGUUUCUCUUCAACCUGCUCUUUUGGCUGGGCGGCUGUGGAUUGUUGGGUGUAGGCGUGUGGCUGUCAGUUUCUCAGGGCAGCUUUGCCACCUUGUCGCCCUCCUUCCCCUCACUCUCUGCCGCCAAUCUCAUCAUCACCCUCGGUACUGUUGUCAUGGUGACAGGAUUCCUGGGUUGCCUGGGUGCCAUCAAGGAGAACAAGUGCCUGCUGCUGAGUUUCUUCAUUGUUCUGUUGAUCAUCCUGUUGGCUGAGCUAAUCCUCCUCAUCCUCUUCUUCGUCUACACUGACAAGGUGGGUGAAAAUGCCAGACGGGACCUGAAAGAAGGGCUGGUGCUGUACAACACUGAUAACAACGCUGGUCUGAGGGACGCAUGGAACACCAUACAGGGAGAGUGGAGCUGUUGUGGCGUGAUGAACCAUAAUGACUGGUAUGUUGCCCUGCACGAGAACGUGGUUCCAGACAGCUGCUGCCAGAAGGUUCACCCAGGCUGUGGACGCAACACCUCAAACACCUUCUGGACACGGGGUUGCUAUGAGAAGGUAGAGGAGUGGCUGGAUGACAACAAACACCUUCUGGGAACCAUUGCAAUGUGUGUCUUGGUCAUACAGCUACUUGGCAUGGCUUUUUCCAUGACGCUCUACCAACAGAUCCACCGAGCAGGGAAAAAAUAUGAAGCCUGAUGGGGAUUCACAGAAUAUAGCUUAGAUACAUCGAAUAUGUCAUCUUUGUUCUUUUGUAGUAAGAAUAAGCCAGUUAUCGUGUGUGCCACUCAACAUUUUCAUCUAUGCACUCAGUUAUUGUUGUGAAUAGCAUUAAAGUAGUUUUCUAUCUUUUUUUUUAUAUAUAUAUAAUUGCUUAUCUUAUGUAAAAUGAUUUGAUGAUGAGUCUCUAACAGCCAGAACGGAGAGAAUACAUUGAGAUGAGAUGAUCUGGUAUUUUAAAGCCUUGCCUGUGGAAAUAAAGGUUGUGUACUAACAUGUUCAAUAAAGGCACAUCUUCAUACGCAUAA